GCUGUGUGACAGACACGUGGGUCAGACACUGACACGACACAGACUCUUGUCUGUUGUCGUGUGUAUUUGUGUUUAUAUGCAGCGAGCCAGAGGCAUGUGGUAGUCAAGUGGAAAUAGCAUGGACUGGUGACUCUGUGGGGAAACUUUACGACACGACUCCAACACCACAGCAGGCACAUGCAUGCUGAGGCUUAGUCAACCUGGAUUUCUCAGUGCAAUAGUGAGAAAACCACAAGAGUCAUGCCUUCACAUCGCAGGGGAAGAAGCCUCUCUGAAGCCCUGACCUUGGAGCAGUUAGAGGAGGGAGGGGUGGUCAUUUCCAGUAUCAAUAAUGUCUCUUCCGGCAAAGGACUAAAGGAAGGGGAUGAAAUUCUGGGGGCAACAAUCAAUUUUGAUCAACUGUCCAAAGAAGAGGUGUCAAAAGUACUGAAGCUGAUGGAGCCAUUUGAUGAUAAAGUUCAAGUCCUCACUCGAAGCAACCGGAGCAAGAGCCUUGACAAUCUGGACCAGUGUACCAAGGGUCCUGGGGCUAUGCUGACGGAUUCCUACAACAAACUGUACAACACCAAAAUCAAGAAGUUUUUGAUGGAUGAUGUACCCAGUGUUGAAGGGGGCUACGUGAAUGGGGAGUUUACUGCCAAACCACCUGUACAAAGCUCAUCCAAGGUCAACCAAAGAAAUGACAUGGGGCUGCCUCGCCUUGGAGUUGACUUUGGACUUCUGAAAUCCAAGACUUUAAUCACAGAUGCUAAUGCUGAUUCACACUCUUAUGAGGGAAGCUUAACAGAUGGCAGCAAUCUGAAUCUUCCACCGCUAGGUCUUGGCUUGAAUGGGACUAAUCUAAGUGAAGCUCAGGUUCCAAGAUUCAAAAUCGGUGCCAGAUGUCCAGAUCUAGACUUACCAGAAGACCCAAAUGUCAGCACUACAUCUUGUAUGCAAUUGCAAAAUACUGACCACCCAUCAUUUGACAAUGCAAUGCGAAAUCUUGAAAAUCCUCAAAUUGGACUUGAAGUUCCAGAAGUAGAUGUAGGCCUAAAAGGUUCAAACAUUACUACCCCUGAAAUGGGGAUAGACCUUGAUGGCAGAAGUUUCUGUGGUCCAUCUGUUAAUUCCAGCGUUCCCAAAGUGGCCAUUGAAGGAAGAAACCAGGAAUUCAAAAUGCCUACAUUUAAACUGCCAGAUCUGGGCCUCUCAGGAUCUUCUUUUAGUGGUCCAGAAUGUGACGUUAAGCAUGAAGGCACACCAGGGAAACUCAGUCUAAAGUAUUCCAAGAGACUGAAAAACCCAGAUCUAAAUUUGGAUGAUUCUUCCAGUUAUGUAAAAUCACCCAAGCUUAGGCUGUCUGGGAUAUCACCUGAUUCAGAGCAAGGAAUGUUGGGUAUUAAUGUAUCAAAACCAGAUAUCAGUGGGACAGACACUGACAUGCCUUUAGGUGAAAUCAAGAUGUCACACAAGAAACCAAGGAUUUCUCUUAAAUCUCCUGAUUUAGAUUUGGACGCUCAAUCUGGCAUGCUCAAAAGUGACACUGAUGUUAAAACACCUGACCUAAGAUUGAAAACAUCAAAACUAAAAGGUGGCAUGUCUGCACCUGAUGCAAACAUUCCCAAAGCUGACCUUAAGGGUGAAAAUUGGGCCACUGAUGCUCCAUCAGUUAGUAUUAAAGGUCCAUCUGGAAAAUACAGGGUUCCAACGUUUAGAAUGCCCAAAUUUGACUUACCAGUCAUUCAGGUUCCUGGUUUGAAUGGAGACUUGGAUGGACCCGAUGGACAGCUUUCAGGUACACUGCCUAGAGGGUCAAAUUUAAAACUAAAUGCACCUGACAUAAAUGUGCCAAAUGUUGACCUCAAAGCACAAAAACUAAAAAUUAAUGCACCAAAAGCUAACUUAGACUUUCCAUCAGGGGAUCUCAAAAUGCCAGAACUUCAUGGUCCAGAUUGGGAUGUUAAUGCUCCUUCUGGGAAAUUAAAAAUGCCUAAAUUUAAUCUGUCAGGGACACUGCCUAAAGGACCAAAUUUAGACCUGAACGCAGAUCUUAAUUCCCCAGAUCUUAAUCCAAAAGCUCCAAAGAUAAAGGGUGGAAUUGAUGUCCCUGAUUUGGACUCACCAGACAUAGAUCUGAAAGCUCCCAAAUUAGAUAUGAACACUCCAGAUGUCAACAUUGGCUCACCAAAAGGGAAGCUGAAAUUCCCCAAAAUGAAAAUGCCUAAAUUCAACCUUCCAAGCCUUAAAGGUCCUGAAAUUGAUGGCAACUUGGAAGGUCCAAACAUAAAUACACCCAAUGUCAACCUCAAAGGUCCUAAAGCGGAUCUUGAUCUAGAUAUUUCUGGUCCAUCUGGCAAGUUUAAAAAAUGGGAUUCUUCUGGGGUCCCUCAUGCCAGUGUUAACUCCAGAUGGGGAGAUUGCGUGUCCAUGGCUGUGUGGAGCCUGGAGAUUAAGGUUGGAACCUCUAGCUCUAAGCACAUGAUGUUUUCCUGUAAAGUCGUCAAUAUUGAGAUCUGA